ACCUCAUACAUUCAACAUCUAAUUAUUCACCGUGGUCUGUUCGAGAAACACGGCAUGAUCUGUCCUUCCAGCCCAUCCAACUAUAUAGGCCAGGAGCUUAUCUGCCCUAACGAUUUACACAUCUUGUUAGCUGUCUAUGGACGGCUCUGGAAACAUCUUCGACGAACACUGGCCAUAUUGCUCUUAAGAAAAGCGCACCCACAGCCUUCUGCCCAUUCAGCAUGCUCAGGUAGCCCAAGUUGCGGAGUACUUUUGAGCUGUAAUAGAUCACAUGGGAUCUCUCGUUCUUCAUACCACAGAAAGUAGCGAAACUCGACCAAUGCAAUCAGAAGAAUUACAGCCUCUCUGAUAUGACUCAAUGAACCAAUCCGCGAUAUAUCCGACAAUUUGGCAGCUCAUUGUGCCUAAGAAUUAGGUCAUAUGAUCAUUG